AUGUCUUCACUAUCACAUGCAACAAUUUCGACAACACCUUCUGAUGUGUUCACUGCCAGGAGAACAGAAUCCCAUGAUAUUCCUACUAUCAUCCGUCACAUUAACUAUAUGACAGAAAGCAUAUUUGGCAGAAUUAAUGUCAUUUAUCUUUUAGAAACAGCUAAUCUUUCAGUGACCUUAAUCAACCAGAACAAUGAAACUGUUGCUCAUGCCGUAUUUGUGGACUAUCCCAACUGGAAAUGUGUUGAUCCGGCCUACUGGGAAGACUUCUUACAAAAUGACUAUAAUGAACGCAGGUGCACACCUUUAAAUACCUUGUUUCUGCAUCUGUUUGUGGCAGCUGAUGAACGUGCUGUUCACUGUUCUCAGGAAAUCAUGAAGACUGCCUUUAGAACCGUACCAGAACUGCACUUCAUACUUCUCCUUAUACCUAGUCAAGAACAUUUAGAUAUGGACUUAGCAGCUGCUUUUAAGCCACUGAUGAAGGUAUCACAUUCAGAAGUGAAUAUGGAAUACAGCCUAUUUAUGUGUGAGAGGCAUCACUACUGUGCACAGCUCUAUAUCCGCCAAGCCAGGGUAGAAGACCAUGAUGAUCUCACCCCUCUCUUCACAAGUCAGAAUGAUACUCUGAGAGAAACAUAUGGCGAGUACUUUCUUGCUGAACUAAUAGAAGCACAAGAUGACGAGAAUGUUGCUGUGGUUUGUGAGGAUGAAGGCAAGGCGGUGGGUUUCAUGAGUGUGUGCUCUGAAGUGAACAUACAGUUGCUUCAUGAAUGCUUCAACUUGGGUCCUUUCCACGGACUCUGUAAACCUCACCCAGAUGACGUUCUUAAGCUCCCACGGGAGCCAAGUGACAUAGCUCAAGUCAGCAGCAGCCUAACAAGACAAGGAUCAGAAAGCAUGGGCACCCAAGAUACAGAAAACCAGGCAGAGCCAGAAUUGCCUGUGCCUUCAUUAGAACAGUUGCUAGACAGUGUGCAAGACCAGGCUUUGAAAACCACUGAGGCUCCAGGUAUGGAGAGAGAGGCUUUCCGUCCCAUCUACAGGGGAACAGUCAACGCUUUCUGCAUUCAGCUCUUUUGUAUCGACGAGCAACAUGAAACAAGGUCAUUGGAUUUCUUGAAAUUUGUUUUCAAGCUUUUCCCAGACAGAGACUUCUGUAUCAUCACAGUGCCGCAUAUGGUACCAGAAUUUUAUCUGAUCCAGAACUUUGUUCGGGUUAUUCCUUUUAGCAGUUGUACGCUGGACCAAGAACUUUACGUGUUCCAUCGUUCUGGAUUGCUCAAAUCUUUUCAUGUAAGACUAGCAAAAUCUGCUGACAUCCAUGCUGUUGAAGAGCUAAUCAAAACCCUGGACUUGAACAGAAGAAUAUUGGAUGACUUGAAUAACUACAUAUCAGCCCGGAGAGAUCUAGAUGGAACGCCAGUUCAGGCAUUCGUGGUAGAAGUUUUGAAUCAGAUAGUUGGAAUAUCGAUCAUUAGGAAUGAAACGGACAUUGAAUACAUCCGCUCACACUACAACAUUGAAGACUUUAUUUAUUUCAACCAUCACCAGCGGGAAGAUCAUGGCCAUUUAUACCAUUUUGCUUUAAAUCCAAUCUUUCAUCACUAUGCAAAACAUUUCAUGAAGGAGAUACUUCGGCUGUCCUACAAAACCUGUCUCUACUACCCCAUCCAUCCCCAGACUGAAGAAGGCAAGUUCCAGAAUCCCUGUGCCCAUUCCCUGACAUCUGCCCUUCAUUACAUGGUUCCCGUGCGACCAAGACGACAGAUUGUCUAUCCUCUGGAAAAACUUGGCAUAAAUGCUCCAUCAAAGCAGGUCUCUAAGGAUCAGGCAAAGUAUGCGUUGAACCACUUCAAUCGGAAGUUGUCCCUGGAGCCUAAGGUGUCUAUCAAUGCUAGAAUAGUCGUGGUUGGUGCAUCAAAUGUUGGAAUUUCCUUUCUUGAAACACUGAUUUUUUGUCCACACCUGAAAUUUAACAACCUUACCUUGAUUUCAAUGCACGGACUUCCUGGGAAACAGAUGAUGGAGAAACAGCAUAGGCAAUUUUUAAUUAACAGCCAUUGUUUUAAUGAUGACGAUUAUGCACUGAUGUCACUUUGUUCCUGGGUCAAUGUUGUGGUUGGCAAAAUGACUGGCAUAGACAGGUGUGCAAAGCACGUCAUCAUUUCCAAGGGAAGGAAAGUGCCAUACGAUCAUCUCAUUCUCUGCACUGGACAACAAUAUCAGGUCCCAUGUCCCACUGGUGCAGAUAUCCGAAAACUUCUCACCAACAGAGAGGUCUUCCAAAACUGUAAACAGAAAUACACGAGUGUGGCCCCUUCCAACCUGUUCAUCCUUUCAGAUGAGGAAGACUGCUUUCUGGCAAUGAAGUGGGUGAAAGAAAAACUUAUUGGCUUCCCAGGGAAUGUUAUUGUCUAUGGGAAUACAAUUGACAUUUACACCACCAUAGAAACCCUCAUAUCGUUAGGAGUUAGUGGCAGCAGAAUACACCUUGUGCAUCCGCCACGGCAAUCGAACGUUACUUCUAUUAAUAACAACGCAAUAGAAAAAGCUGUCAAUAGAGCAUUGUCCCAGGUCGGCGUCUCUGUGCAUCGCGACUGUCUGUUGGCUCAGUGGAAUGAUGGCCAUCAUCCCGAUCCCAUUGUGCAGGCAUCUUUCACCACUAAAACAAAGCCACUCAGACUGCAGUGCUCUGCCUUUUUUAACUUUACCCACAAGAGAGUGGAUUAUGACACCUUCAAGGCAGUUAAUGAUGCUUGUCUAGUUUACGAUGGUAAGCUCGUGAUUGAUACCAACUUCCAUACCAACGAUGCGGCCAUCCGAGCUGCGGGUCCACUGACCAAGUUCUCCAACAUCUACUACGCCAACGAGUGGACGCACAGCAAUUUCAACUCCAAGGAGGUUGGUUUCCAGCUUGCUGCUGCCAUGCUGAAUCUUUUUGAUCCAACUCUGGACCCAGUUUUUGAACCCCCAGAAGAUAUGGACAGACUCAUCCCUAUAUACAAGGGAUGCAAAGUACAAGGUGGUAUCCUACCUGAAAAAUAUUAUUAUGUGCACAUUUAUAAACCAGGAAUUCCCACUCGCUUGGAUGUACAAGAAACACAGCCCAAUUAUGGCAUGGCAAUCAUAACUGGAGAUGCGAUCGAGGGGAAUUAUUUCAGGAUGCAUGUCAACCGAUACAGUCUGAUUGAAACCAUUACCUGCUUUUCAAAGAAUCCUCUUCCUUUAUCAAACUACAUCCCUUUGUUUGGACAGCACGAGCGUCUUCUUAACAAUCUUUGCUCUCGCUGGAAGGAGGGACUAAUCACAGAUCUCUACAGCUACUUGAAGGAACCUUGGGCCUUGGUCAUCUAUCACGAUCGCUUUAUCGAUCUGAAGAAAGAACUGCGCGAGAUUCUAGUAUCCAUCCAGGAGGAAAAGCAACCUUCGAUGCAAGAACUUGUCCGGCAGAUGGUGGAUGGCGAGCUGGCUCUGCUUGAGAGGCCAAAGACAUACCUCAAGCGAUUCUACAAGCAAACCGUCUACAGAGAUUUGCUGGAGAAAAGCAUUCUCAGUUAUCUGAACUAUAACAAUUACCACCUGCCAAUGUUUGCCUGGCCUGGGAUAGUUUAG